AUGUCGCAAGCUAGAGCUGCAGCUGCUGCUGGGCCCUCGCGCCUCUCCACCAUCCUAGCUCAUCUAAAUGCCUCUCCCAAACUCACCCUGUCCAAUUUGAAAAGCCUUCGCCUUACCAUGGCUUUUCGGAAUGACCACUUUGGCGCACGACACUUUGUAAAAGAACAUCUCCCACGAAUACGUUACGCGAAUCCAUCACUCGAUAUUCAAGUCGAGAGGGUUAAGAAGACACAGAAUGAGGUGUGGAAACCCGAGUUGGAACUUGUAUUUGAUAACGGAAGACGACAAACCAUAAACAUGCACGAAAAAUGGUCAACGGCCAUCGUGAAGGAGGUGAUGGAGGCGGCGGGCGGGGAUGCGUGGCAGACGUACAAGGUCGAGGCGGAGGCGGCGGGGAGGGAGGUCGUUCCUGGGGAGGCGGGUGAGAAGAGUGUGCUCGUGAGUAGUGGGAAGACGAAGGGGGAGUUGUUGCCUGGGUUGGAUGAGUUUCGUAAGGCGUUGAGGGUGAAAACGAGUGCGACUGCUACGCCGUCGAAGGCGAACCCGAGUAUCCCGCCUGAGGCGAUAUCGCAGGUGGAGGUUACGGCGUCGCUGUAA